AUGGACGCCCCUGCACCACGAUCCUCCUCGCGACCAAGGCUCUCCUCUCGCCCCACAACCCCUUUGCGACCGAGUUCACGCUCCUCGCUCCGGGAAGCGCAUGGCUACGGUCACAGCAUCAGCCAUGCUGGAUACAACCAGCCCGCCAUCAAUGCGUUGGAACCACAGUUUGCAGAAUUGGCCGACUCUAUGGCCGAUCUGGAGGCCAAUUUCAUGCACCUGCAGCUCAUGCACGAGAGUUUGACGCGCUUUAGCGAGAGCUUUGCUAGUUUCCUGUACGGCAUGAACAUGAACGCGUUUUGUGUGGAUUUCCCAGAGGCCCCGAUUACCGACUCUUUCAAGAGAGCCAAGCAGGCUGAGGCUCAGAAAGGUAUGCAAACGCAUCCGCAUCCCCAUGCAAUGGGGAUUGAUCUUGUCAAUGGAAGCCCACGUACUAACAAACCCUGCAAAGAGGCAGAAAAUGAGCCACUCCGACCGGAAGAUGGCGAAAUGACAUUCUUGACUACGGACACAUCUUUUGUCGACCACCCUCCCAGCACCGUCUCCUCCAGACCAACCUCGAAGUAUUCUGCUCCUAGCCGGGGUACCACUCGGGGUACUACCCGAGGCGGUACAACGAGAGGCACGACGAGAGGCUCUACACGAGGCUCAACGACAAGCCGGUAUGCUACGAGAGGUGCCGACAGGGGGCGACCAAGUGCGCUGCCUCGGGGUCGUGGUGUGCGGUGA